UGCUCUGCCGGAAAAAGUGAAGGAGAAGAAGAGAGAAGGAAAGAAUAACGGCGAGGACAAGCUUCUCUUUAUACACACUACACACCCAUGGAAACAACCGUACCUACAGAGUAUAGUCUGACAACACCUGGCUGCAUGUUUGAUGAUUAAUUAAUGUGUUUCCAUGUGUUCAGCGUAGCGUGUUUAUAUUUGGAAAUCUCGACACAACCGUUAGUAGCUUGCUAGCUAGCGUUAUCCAAGUAACUAGCUAAAACAGCUGGCACGUUUAUCGCCAUUUUGCGCAUUCGACAGCUCAAGACUUUCGCAAACAACAAGGUGGUGUAGUUUGUAGCAUGGCAGAGGCAGACCGACCAGGGAAGCUCUUCAUCGGGGGACUGAACACCGAGACCACCGAGAAGGCCCUUGAGCAAUACUUCAGCAAAUAUGGCAGGAUUGUUGAAGUUCUUUUGAUGAAAGACCGGGAGACAAACAAAUCCAGAGGCUUUGCUUUUGUUACUUUUGAGAGUCCGGCUGAUGCAAAGGAUGCAGCACGAGAGAUGAAUGGAAAGUCUCUUGAUGGCAAGCCUAUCAAAGUGGAACAAGCUACAAAGCCUCAAUUUGAGAGUGCUGGCAGGCGAGGACCCCCCAUGCAAUCACGCAGUCGUGGUCCACCCAGAGGGCCCCGUGGUUCCAGGGGUGGUGCUGGUGGUAUGAGAAGUCCACCAUCCAGAGACUACUAUGAUAAUUCAGGGAAUGUAGAACCCUUCUUUAAAGGGAUGUCAUCCCGAGGCCCCCCGGCAAUGAAAAGAGGACCCCCAGUUCGUAACGGAGGUCCCCCAGCCAAGAGGUCUGCCCCAUCUGGUCCCAUGAGCAGAACCCCCAUGUCAAGAGACCGGGAUCCCUAUGGUCCACCCCCUCCUCGCAGAGACUCCAUGAUGUCCAGGAGGGAUGAUUAUCCAUCACCAAGAGAUGAACAUUACAACUCCAAAGAUAGUCGGGAUUAUAAUUCGAGAGACUCAAGGGACUACGGACCUCCUCAAAGAGAUGAUUCAUGCAGAGAAUAUUCCAACUCCAGUUCCCGAGACGACUAUGGCUCGAUGUCAAGAGGAUACAGUGAUCGCGAUGGCUAUGGGGGAGGCCGAGAACCGAGAAAUUACAUGGACCGUUCAAGUGGUGGCUCCUACAGAGAUUCAUAUGAUGGUUACGGUAACUCUCGCAGCGCCCCAACUUCACGGGGCCCCCCACCAGCCUAUGGUGGGAGCAGUGGAAGCAGUCGUUACGAUGACUAUGGCAGCAGUUCCCGAGAUGGCUAUGGCAGUCGUGACAGUUACCCCAGCAGUCGGAGUGAGCCAUAUCCACCUAGUCGUGGCGAGCGAAUGGGCAGGCAGGAGAGGGGCCCAGCUCCCCCUGUUGAGAGAGGCUACCCUCCUCGUGAGUCGUACAGCAGCUCAAGCCGUGGAGGGCCACGCGGUGGCCGCGGUGGCAAUCGACCCGAUAGAGGGAUGGCUCGCAGCAGAUACUGAACUGGACUUGGAAAUCACAUUAAAGUAAACGUUAGUCAACGUGCACAGUUACAAGUGUUUUGGAAGAAAUCUAACGAGACAAACUAGCCAUGUCUAAAUAUGUGGAAAGUGAGGCUUAGCUUUGACCUGUACCUUGAAUUUUCCAGUUUUUUAUGUGUAAAAGUAUUUUUUUGUUUUUUUGUAGUGUUUCUCUUGUACAUGUAACAGUACAGUUACAAAGUUAGUGUUAGUUUUUGUACAUCAGUGCUGUUGGAAACUGCAAUGCCCUAUCCGUCUGGCUUUCCUACUCCUAAUAAAGCUUUUAGUUGUACCUUGACCACUGCUCAUCGAUUUUUCAAAUGAACAACCAGAGACCGUAACAAGAAUGUUGAGUUAAAAACAUGAUCUCCUUUGAAAUAUUCUCUGCAAGCAUAGGUGAGUCUCUGCAAAUGCUCUAUAGUCAAGUGACUUGAGUUCUUCUUAACACAAAUGUGCCAACAACUGGACGCUACUGUUUUCAAGGGUUUGGCAAAUGUUACUGUCAAAAUGUUCCAAUGUAAUCUCCUUGGAAAUGGAUCCAUCACCCUAGAGUCAUUUGAUGGCAUGCAACGACAAAACCAAAGGCAACAACAACCAAAUGCAACUCGACUGGUAGUCAACAGCUGGUAAGCAAAGCAAACCUCUUUGUUUCUCAUCAGUAAAUGAGUUUCUCAUUGUCCUGUAUUGCAAUCUCCCCUCAAAGGGUGGUACCCAAGACAGCUUUUGCCUCGGGGAACAAAAGAAAAAAAAGUUCAACUGAAUGAGCCUUUUUCGAUGUAGUCCGGUUUCAUCAGCUAACAUUGUGAAAAGUGCCGCAACAUCCCAAUAAGUUUCGUCCUUUUUCAGCAAUGAACGUGUAACCGCCAUUUUGAAAACUGAGCCCUUAAAUGACCAUUUUUGCCAAAGAAAUCGUCCGACCUCAGUUAAAUGAUUGGCAACAGGUCAUUUUUAAAUCAAAAUAAAGAUUUCUUAAGUACUUGUAAGAACUUUUUGGAAAAAGAACAUUUUUAAAUUUGAAAGAAAAUGUCUCGGUUUCAAAACUUUAACCACAAGCAUGCCAUUUCAAACAACGGAGACCUCUGGAAGAACGCCAUCGUCCCAACAGCCAAACUGGAAACAAUUGCUGAAGCCAAUUCGCAGUCGGACCAAGGACUAUAUAUAAUAAUUUUCAGAUGCUUUUGAAAUACAAGCUGAAGAUAAGGGCAACGUGUUAAUUGUGUGUUCUAAUUGCAGGAUGAACCCUCCUCCAAGGCAACUGCCCUUGCAACUAUCCUGAAUUGUGUCCUCAAGUUGUUGGACCAAUAAACCAAAGUGCACCAGUGCGGCUGCUGGCACAGGCUUCCCUUGAGAGUGCUGGUGGAAUCUUCAAGUGGAAAUGUGCAUUGAAAGUGGGACGAACAGAGGCUCGAAUUAAAGUGUUUCUGCUGUUUUUAAAUAAAGACUUUAAAAUGA